CUCUUCGGCCCAUUUGGUAGACGAGGUUUCGCUGGCCCAAUCACCUUCGAUUCGCCUCGACCCUCCGCCGUCGGCAGCAGCCUCCUCCUCGACGAGCCGCCGUCGGCCGCAGCCUCCUCCUCGCGCCGCCGUCUUCGGAACGGAACGGGCAAAGCAACGCCCUCGCUGCGACUGAGAGGAGGCGCCCCGCCGCCGCCAGAGCGUCAACGUCCUCCUCCGCCGGUUUUUCCCGAGGGAGAGUAUAGAGUUUUUCUUCUGUCAAGAGGGGUCGGCGUUCACACAUUUCCUCAAGUAGAGAAGAAGCAGUAUAAAGUUGUUUGGUGAUAAUGGAACCAAAGCAUUCUGCUGAAAUGUCCAGGCAUUUGGACAAGCAAAAUCAUGCCCUAAUGGAAACAUACCGAGCAAUGUCCCAUGAGUUGCAUAAACUACAGGUUGAAGAGGAAACAAUCAUGCGCAAGUUGUAUGAGCUGAUGUCUGCAGAAGGGCUUCUUCCAAAG